ACUGUUUCCAUGUAAAUCGGUUAGCUGACCAUUGAAUAGUACAUAUAGGACAUAAUUAGCUGAAGCAAUGAGCACCUUAGAAACUCUAAUGGAUCACGAACACGAACAAGAUGAUGAUGGCAGAAAGAGAACUGGAACUGUGUGGACUGCUACAACACACAUAAUAACAGUGGUAAUUGGGGCAGGAGUUUUGGCUUUAGCUUGGGCCAUGGCCCAAUUAGGAUGGAUAGUUGGUAUACUCAGUGUACUACUCUUUGCAUCUAUCUCUCUUUUCACUUACAAUCUUGUAGCUGAUUGCUAUAGAUUCCCAGACCCAGUCACAGGAAAAAGAAAUUAUACUUACAUGCAAGCUGUCAAGGUCUACUUAGGUGGAACAAUGCAUGUGAUUUGUGGAUUAGUUUUAUAUUCAAAGCUUGCUGGAAUCACAGUUGGUUAUACAAUAACUUCAUCCACAAGUUUGGCAGCAUUAGGGAAAUCUAUUUGCCUCCGUAUGAAUAAAGGACAACAAGUUGAUUGCACAAUGUCUUAUAAUCCAUAUAUGAUUGGUUUUGGGACAUUGCAGCUUUUCUUGUCUCAAAUUCCAAACUUUCACAAGUUGACAUGGCUCUCAUCAAUUGCUGCUUUCACCUCCUUUGGCUAUGUAUUAAUUGCAAUUGGUCUUUGUCUUUCAGUACUUAUUUCAGGAAACGGUGCACCAACCAGCAUGUUUGGAGUAAAAGUAGGACCAGAACUAUCUGCUGCAGAUAAAAUUUGGAGGUCUUGCAGUUCAUUGGGAAACAUAGCACUUGCUUGCAAUUACGCCAUGGUUGUUUACGACAUAAUGGAUACACUAAGGUCACCUCCAUCAGAAAGUAAACAAAUGAAAAAGGCUAACUUAACAGGGCUCUCAACAAUGACAAUAAUAUUCCUACUAUGUAGUUGCCUUGGCUAUGCUGCUUUUGGUGAUAAAACACCCGGAAAUAUUUUUGGUGGAUUUUAUGAACCAUUCUGGUUAGUUGCAAUUGGAGAUUUGUGUAUAAUUAUCCACAUGGUGGGAGCAUAUCAGGUGAUGGCUCAACCGUUUUUUCGUAUCAUUGAAAUAGGAGCUAACACCGCGUGGCCUGAUUCAAAUUUCAUAAACAAGGACUAUCCAAUUGGCAUAUGCAGCAUAAACUUCUUUAGGCUAAUUUGGAGGACGGUAUUUGUGAUAAUAGCAACGAUUCUUGCCAUGGCAAUGCCAUUUUUCAAUGAAGUUCUUUCUCUCCUUGGAGCACUUGGGUUUGGACCGUUAGUUGUUUUCUUCCCUGUACAAAUGCACAUUGCCCAAAAGAACAUAAAAGUACUAUCAUUGAAAUGGUGUGCGCUCCAACUGUUGAAUUGUUUGUGUUUAUUUGUCUCCCUUGUUGCUAUAGUAGCUUCAGUUCAUCAGAUUAGCCAAAAUCUACACAAGUUCAAGAUUUUUGCUCAUAAACAUUAGCAUAUUUGUAAAAUAGAAAUGAAUGGAGCUAAAUUAUCUUGUGUUUCCU